AUGUGUUUUGGAGGAUCCCGAAACACGAAGCACCGCAAGAUUGAUGUAAACAGAUUAACUGAUUCCUCUGUCCAGGCGAGCUAUCAGUCUUCAUUGGCAUAUGCACUCAGUUGCAAUCCACCGCAAGAAGUGGAACAACACUGGACUUGUAUACGGAAGGCAAUGACCAUUUCCGGACAGUCAUGCUGCGGCCUAACUCGACGCCUCUUGAAGGCUUGGAUCUCUGCUCGUUCUCUGGAGCUGUUCGAACGCCGCAAAGAUAUCCCCGCGGAAUCAGAUUGCAACGAGCGGCGCCGUUCUGCCAACCGGCUGCUCAAGCAAAGCCUACGCAAGGAUCGCGAGACAUGGUGGUCUGAGCGUGCUUUAGAGAUGGAGACCGCUGCCCUCUCUGGCAACACUCGCAGGCUUUUCCAACUCAUUCGGUCCACUGGCCUCAGGAAGCCUGGUGUCAGUGAAGUCAUUUGUGAGGUGGAUGAGUCUCCGAUCACCAACCAACAGAGGCGUAUGGACCGCUGGGCCGAGCACUUUCACUCGCAGUUCAACUGGCCUCCACCGUCCAUCAGUACAUGCAGUACACGUUGUUGUCCACCCUGGCUCGUCCCUCUGAAUCCACCCAGCGAAGCGGAAGUCUGCCUCGAGAUUCGACGCUUGAAGCGCUUCAAGGCUGCCGGCUUAGACGGACUUCCUCCGGAACUAUUCAAGUACGGCGGUGUGGCGAUCAUUAACCAGCUGACCGCGCUGUUCGCAAAAAUUUGGCAUGAAGAGAAAGUGCCUUCCUCUUGGGGCGAAUCAGUUAUUGUCCCGAUUUUCAAGAAAGGCGCUCGUACUUCAUGUGCAAAUCAUCGCGGGAUUAGUCUUAUUUCGGUUGCCUCUAAGCUAUUGGCAUCCAUUCUGCUUCGCAGACUAUCCCCAGUACGUGAAUCAUACUACCGUGAAGAACAAGCUGGUUUCCGUCCUGGCCGCGGAUGCGUGGAUCAAAUCUUCACGCUCCGCCAGCUCCUCGAACAUCGCCACAUUUAUCACAGGCCCACUAUCAUUGCAUUCCUAGACAUACGUGCCGCUUUUGACUCCGUUGAUCGACCUGCUUUAUGGCGUUGCUUACUAAAGAACGGGGUGCCAGAGAAAUAUACCACCAUCUUACGAGCACUUUACCUUCAUACAUCCGGCAGAGUGAGGGUCUAUGGCAAGCUUUCCUCGCAAUUCGCUGUCAAUAGCGGUGUGCGACAGGGCUGCCCUAUGUCCCCAUUCCUCUUCAACUUCGCAAUCGAAGACGUUCUGUCGAAUGCUCUAGAAGGUUUCCAACAUUUUGGCCUAGAGCUUCUACCGGGUGAGCGCGCGACCGACUUAGAUUAUGCUGAUGAUAUCGCCUUACUUGGUGACGAUCCUCAGAGUAUGCAACUCAUUCUGGAUCGUUUGGCGGUUGAAGCAUCUAA